CAGAGUCAGCUCCUCGCAGUGCCGUCGCCGCUCUCCCCGACCUUACGCGUGUCGUUUGUUGUGCAUCCGAUACACCGCGUACAAAUUACUCCAAUCCCUUGUCCCUUACCGAUAAGCUUGUGAUAUCAACGACAGUGAGUGCGCGCGUGUGUCUUAUCAUAAUCGACCAGUCCCUUCCUUUAUCUUUCAGCUCCCCGAUCGACGCUACCGCCGUUAACUCGGAGUGAUGAACGUCAAUCCCGCUACCGAGUGAACAUAUAACCCGAGGCACGAUGCCGCAGCUGAGAAUCGGCCCAGCUCGGCGCAUCCCUUGCGGCGACUGACCCCGGCUACCUGUCCCAUACAGAAACCGAAGGAAGAUCAAACAAUCAUAAUACAAUCGUGUGUUCGCGCGGGUCUGCGGUGCGCAUCGUCCGGUCGAGCCUUCUUUCGCCGAGAGAAGGCUCGGAGCAGAGUACAAUACACCGCGUCAGAGGUGACAAUGACGACGGCUCGGGCCUGCCGGGGAAGACGGCAGCGUAGCAGCCGGUGCGACAUCCGGGCGACACCUACGUGACGAACCACGUGUCACACGCCCCCGUCCCCCCUCCCUCCGCCGAUCCGCAUGCAAAUUUUUUCGGGAUACCUUCUCGUCGAUAUUUCCCGUUGUGUAUAAAAAAAAAAAAAAAAAUAAUAAUAAUAAUAAUAAUAAUAAUAAUAAUACACAUGCAACAACAAUAGACACGUGUAGCCUAGAGCUCGGCUCCGAUGAUUAUCGAUUAGUGAGUGUAUAUAUGUGUGCAGUGUGUGUGUUGUGCCUAUACUGCUCGUAGUAUAUACCUACUUACAUUAAAGGAGUGAACGCGAUUCGUGCACGUUGUAUAUGUAUAGUGGCUCCUGGUCGACAGAAUAAUCAAUAAUUACAUAAUUAUGUAUGGCAAUCAUGUGAAUUGUGCGAUAAUCGUGUGAUAUAUAUGUAUAUUUUUUCGUUGUACACCCGCACGGGAUAGUGAUAAACAAGAGUUGUGUGCGUGUAUAUAUAUAUAUAUAUAUUUCUUCGUUCGUUCAAUGUUGAAACAGCUCUGUGCGGUUGGCGAUUGUCAAAUUGUGUUGCAAGUUCCGCAUCUCGCCAACAAACGACAGAUCAGUGAUACGAGUUGAAAAAGGAGAUACAUUGGGCCCUUCCUCCCUCCCCCGUGUAAAGGAGCAGUAGGGUAGCCUGUAGGGCUGCCAUCGUCAUCGGUAGCAGCGGUAGUGUUGCAUAUAGUCGAGGAGCGGCAGCCCAAGGGUGCAUUACCAGCAGAGCGCCAGCGUGUUCGGCUCGAGUCUCGUGUUCGGCGAGACGGGUGGCGUCGUGGAGGGGGGAGUGAUGCCGGUGAGGGUGGCGCAGCGCCCCCCGAGUGGACUACUGCACGGCGGCGUGCCGGUGAGCGGCGGUCCCGGCUCGGUGUCCGUUGCCUCUGCCAGCCGCUGCGGCCUCGGCGGGCCCACGUCUAACGGCUCCCCCCCACUUCAAGGCCUCGGUGGUCCCAUAGCCACUGCUACUUCUGUCUCCGCUGGGGGCGGUGGUGGUGUCGUUGUUGUCGUUGGACCCGGUGGUGGUGGCGGUGGUCCCAAUUCCGGACCCAACUCGGCGUCCGGUGCUGCUGCCGGCGCGGGUUUACCACCCGCGCCAUCGUUACUUGGAGUAGUGGCGGGCACAGGAGGAGGAGGAGGGCCCGUUGGUUGCGGGCCCGGAGGCCCGAUCGGCCCACCCAACCCUUUGCAAGCCAUGGCCUCGGCCGCUGCCUCGCUCACGCAGUUAAAUAACAUGGCAAAUGGGCCCCUACCGCCGAUGGGUAGUGGGCCCCAGGGCCCACCUGGUCUACCGCCCCCUCAGCCGGCCACGACGCCGACCCACGGUGGGCCACCUACGCCCCACGGACAGCCGGGAGGAGUGCCGAUGCCGCACCUAAACGGGGCCUCACCCUCGCCCCACUCGAUGCCACACGGGGGAAUGAUGGCCGGAUCGCCUCACGCGACGCAUCCGGGACACAUGGCCGGUGGCGGUCCAUCUCCCCAUCCGCAUCAUCCGGGGCCUCACAUGGUCGGCUCGCCCCAUCCGGGGCCUCAUCCGCACAUGGGACCCGCCGGUAUGAUGGGACCCGGAGGCAUGCAGCCCCAAGGAGGGCCAGGAAUGUGCGGGCCCGCAGUGCCCGGUGGCCCGCCCAUGGGACCGCACGGGCCGCACCCGCAGGGCCCCGGUGGAGUGCCGGGCCAGCCGCACAUGCACAACGAUCCGUUCUACUGUUCGCCCUUCGGAUCGCCGUACUUCAGAUCAACGUUGCCUGUCCCCAGGAGGCACACCCCGUAUUACGGCCAGCCGGACUACCGAUUUUACGAGCUCAACAAGAGGUUACAGCAGCGGACCGAGGAAAGCGACAACCUCUGGUGGGACGCGUUUGCGACUGAAUUUUUCGAAGACGACGCGUCGCUCACGCUCACGUUUAAUCUCGAGGACGGACCGAAGAGAUACACGAUAGGAAGGACGCUGAUACCGAGGUACUUCCGCUCGAUAUUCGAGGGCGGCGUCUCGGAGCUCUACUUCAACAUAAAACACGUGAAGGAGUCGUUUCACAACACCAGCAUAACACUCGAGUGCGAUCAAUGCACGAUGGUCACGCAUCACGGGAAACCGACUUUCACGAAGAUUCAGCAUGAUGCGCUGGGUUCGCAGGUGUGCACGGAGGCGAGGCUACUGCUCGAGUACACGUUCGACGACCUCAUGAGGAUAAAGUCGUGGCACAUGCAGGUCCGGGGCCACAGGGAACUCGUGCCAAGGACGAUGUUCCAGAUGUCCCAGGACCCGACGACUCUCGAACACCUCACCAAGAACAUCACGAGGCAGGGCAUCACCAACUCAACGCUCAAUUAUCUCAAGUUGUGCGUCAUCCUAGAGCCGAUGCAAGAGCUGAUGUCGAGGCACAAGGCGUACGCGCUGUCGCCGCGCGACUGUCUCAAGACGACGCUGUUCCAGAAGUGGCAAAGGAUGGUUGCCCCGCCGGGUAAGCGAGAAUCCCAGAGGCCGACGAACAAGAGGAGAAAGCGAAAAGGCAGCACGUCUGGACCGGGGAAUAACGCGCCGCCAGCGCCGAGUAAAAAGCGAUCGCCGGGACCGAAUUUUUCCCUCACGACUCAGGACGUGAUGGUCGUGGGCGAGCCGUCGUUGAUGGGCGGUGAGUUUGGUGACGAGGACGAAAGACUGAUCACGAGGCUGGAGAACACGCAGUACGACGCCGCGAACAGUCUCGACCCGCACAGCCACGAGGCUCAAGCCGGACCACCGAAUCAUCCGCAUCAGUUUCACUCGGAACCUCAGCCUGGCAACUCUUGGCCACCAGACAGGGGUCCAGGACCCCCACAGGGUGGACCUGGAAAUCAGCAACAACAACAACAACAACAACAACAACAACCACAACAACAACAACAACAACAACAACAACAACAACAACACCUACUACUCUGCUUCCAGGGAGUUCAAGGAGGACCCGGUGGAGCAGGCUCUGGUGUGCAAGGAGCGCAAGACGCGAGCCAACAACAGCAGGACAAGAAAAGCCCCGCGGUGAGCCAGUGAGGCCAGGAGUCCCCGCGCCCCCCCACCAGGGGGCGACGGGGGCGCCGGCCCAAGAACGUGGCUCCCUAGCGGGGCGAGAAUUCUCAACUCCCCACGCCCUAUUUGACCGGCAAUUCGGGUCCACCCCCAUCGGCCGCCAACUCGUCCCUGCCAUCGACUGCCGCUCGCUUCUCCCAGAUCGGUACGCUGCCCCUGCCCCCACAGUCCCAGCACUCGAUGAUGCAACCGAUGAUGGACAGUCUCCAGCAUCAUCAUUCUCAUCAUCAUCAUCACCAGCAGUCGCAGCAACACCAUACCCACAGUGGAGGAGGAGGUGUAGCAGGCGGUGGUGGUGGUAGUGGUGGUCUAAGCCAGUUGCUGCAGCAAGGCCAGCAAGCCCUUGGUCAGGCUGGCGCCGGCCAGGGACAGAAUCCAUUGCAGAGCAUACUACAGCAGGUCAUAUACCUGCAACAGAUCGAGUACCUGCUCACGCAGCACGGCCACAUCUAAACAGCAACAGCAGCAACAACAACAACAACAACAACAACAACAACAACAACAACAACAACAACAACAGCAGCAGCAGGAACAAACUUGAGGGAAGUUAAGUGUUAUUGACGUCAUCGUCGUUGUCCCGAUCGUUUGUGUGUAUAAUUUUCGUGCGAGUGUGAGUAACUAUCAUUUCCGCUACGAUACUUAUAACCGAGCGCUCCUUGCUGACGUCGUAAUGCGAUGUUGUUGUCACACCCGAGGUAGAUGUAGCACCGUUGCAUACACCGACAGACGUUGUUCGCUUGUAAGCUCAUCGGUUGGAUCUCGUUAGAAGCUUCUUCGCAAGAAAUUUUCAAUAUGUUUUGGCAUCAUUUGUACAGGCUAUUUUUAUUACUUUCUUUGUAUUCUCUGGUAUACUCAAGAAAAAUUGCACCGAUAAGUCUUGGAGGUAGGAAAAUAGUUCAGACUAUAAAUUCCAUCAUGUUUCAAUAAUCUGUUUUUUUAAUGAUUUGUCAUGGUUCAAUUAUUCAUCACACCUCCCGUAAUGGUCGGGAAAUCUUGAAUUGUUUUUACUUUGAAGAUGAGAAACCGAUUCGAAAUAACUAUGACAUUGAAUUUGCUCAUUUAAUGCUUUAUAAAUAGGUCAACUAGAAAAUUUCAAUGUUUUGUGCGUUACAGCUUCAGUCCCGAGAUCCUUCAGAUUAAAAAUUGUUUUGAGCAAAACGUUUUUAAAACUGUCUGCUCGACGUUCAAGUGGAUGGUUAAACAAUUGUUUCUUCGAAAGUCUGUUGUAAAAUAUUCUGAUGAUUCGUUUUCUCUUUCACUUGAUAGAAAUACACUUGAAUCUAAAACAACAGUCACAACGUUUUGCUGAAAAAACAAUUUGAGAGAAUUGAACUAAAAUUACGUUACUGUGGUCGGUGUAACAAGAUAAUGGGCAAGUCUCUCUCAUGAUGGGAUUCGCGCUUGUGCGUGCGAAAAAAGGGUGCCGUAAACCGAGGAUUGUCUGUCCCGUUUGCACAUUCUUCGUUUGUGCAGCGCAAAAAGGACGAUCGGUACAUAGUUUUCGUGUAGUGCGUAAAAUAAAGUAAGCAUUCGGCGUGUGAUAUAUUAUACAUAUACGUGUGACGCGAGGUUAAAGGGAAAAUAUACAUAGAUUAUAAAUACAAGAGAUAAAUUGUAAAACGCUGAUGAGGAGAACAAAUGGAUAAGUGUUUAAUUGAAAAUAAAAAUAUAAUGAAGUUAAUAAGAGAAGCGGAAUGUGUGUGACUCUAUGAUUACGCGAACAAGGAAACACAGCUGAAAGAAACCUUGGAAGAGGAUUUCAAGUAAAGAAAGAAAUGAGACAGUGAAAGAUGAAUUAUCGCCACGCGCGGCAGGGACGAUUUUUAAAUCCGCACGCUCUGACGCGGAGCUGUGAACGAAUCUCUAUCCGUCAACAGUAUUGAUAUAAUUAAUAAAGUAAAUGAAAAUAUUAAGAAAUAAGGGAAAUUCUAGUGUAAGAGUGUAUUGUGCAAAUGUGUGGUUUGCAAGCGAGAUAACGUUUUCAAGGACAAAUGUGAAAGACGAAAUUAGAAGAGAAAGUAGUGGAGUAAGAGCGAUGAAGAGAUUUUUUUGGGCAAAGAGAACGAGGUACAUACAAUUUGUUGAUAAAUGAUAGAGAUGCAAAUAUUUUAUGUACGAUCGCCAAUCAUGUUUGUUAGAUCGAGAUUUUUAUUAAACUUUUCCUUUGUAUCAGGCUUCUUUUCUGUUCACGCAAGUCAUUCAGUUUUAUUCAUUUUUCCUAUUCUUAAAAUAUGUUUAUAAGUCUACAUAUAAUGUUUGUAAAUGUUUGAUCUUUUCUAUCACCAACACAAAUUUUUAUGGAAUUAAAAAGUGGCAAAAGUCUAUUCUGAUAUUCCAUUUGCACGGUUAGGAUCCUUUUAUGAAAAUUUUGAGUACUACACUGUUUGUGUGAAUUUUUUUCUUCUUCUGUAAAUACCACGUGUACUUUUCAUAAAUGAAAGUAAACGAUUUUCUUGGGCAUCGAUUCUAUCGAAGAAAAUUCAUUUUUAUGGCUAAUCAAAUGUUUGGUACAAGGUUGUUGAAUUUAAGGUGUAAUUUUGUUAUGGUUAGCCAUAAAAAUGUUUUAGGAUCUUGAUAUUCAAGAAAAUUUGCGAUAGUUGUAUUUAAGAAUUCAGAGUAGUAAAAAAUCUCUCAAGUACGUUGUACAUUAGAUUCGGUUCAUUAUUGCCAGGUGUGAAAUGUGAAUUGUGUAUAUGUAGUUCCUCAUUUGUUAAGCUAUGCAUCACAUGCAUGUUCCUUGUCUUAAUUGUUCCUAUGAUUUUUUUUUUAUUCAAUUGAUUGUAAGCAUCGCGUGAAAAUAGGGCAUUAAUUGACCAAUAAUCUGUAGAUUUCCAUUUUUUAUUUUCCAAUGAACUAUUUUUUAUAAUUCAUGGUUAAAAGAAAUAAAAAAAAAUUUAAUUUAAGAAGUAUUAUUGAGACUUGCGUGCAAAGGCUGACGUGUAAUAAUUAUUUGCAUUUUUAAGAGUAAAGAUGACUAAGUAUAAUCGCAAGAAAAAACACACGUACCUUCAUGCAUGAAUUUAGUCAUUUGCAAUGUCUUCUUUUUGCUUUAUAAAGAUAAUAAAAUUGAAAAGCAAAAUCAAAAGAAGUAUCAUUAUCUUUGUUUCAUUGAUAGACCUUCAUCAUGAAUGUUAUCUGUUUUUGCCACUUUUUAUUUCUUUAAAAGAAAUUCUUUGUUUCGCAAAUCAGUCCAAUUUCUUUUUUUUUUUGGUGCAAAUUUGUAGUUGUAAAUAUUUACCGUGUAUUUUAAAAAUACAGUAUAAAAAAAUAUGUUUGCUCUUUUGAGAACAAUAACAAGUUUUUAGCAUCAAUCUGCCUCGUUUUCCGCUCAACUGCGUGUAAAAAAGAAAGAUUAUACAUACGAGGAAAUUUAGUUCAUAGGACACAUUUCGAAAAAAAAAGAUAAAAGAAAAAAAGAAAAAAAAAACUCAAGCGAAUGAGAUUUUUCCAACUGCAAUUAUUUGUUUACACAUCAGUAACACAGAUACACGUGAAAAAAAAGUUACAUUUUCAGAGAAAAUAUACAUAUAAAAGGCAUACACCAAUCGAGAAUUAGUUUACUUAAGACACGUGUGAAAAGAAGCCAGUAAAGUCCCAUAGCACGAAUGAAUUCGUGCGAAAGUAAUUAAAAAAUAAUAAAAUAAAAUAAUAGAGUGAGUAUGUUUGGGCAUGUUGAAUUAGAACGUAUGUAUAAGAAUGAAUGCAUUUAUUGGAUACAAAGAAAAAAAAAUAGAGAUAGCACAGAAAAUGUCAAGGAGCGUUCCGUGGAUUUUUAGGAUAAAAUGAUUCUAUUGACAAAUGUUGUAUAUUAUUACGAAUUAUAAUGACACUAUUAUAAUUAAUUAAUUAUUAUACUCUACAUAAUGUGAAUUGAAUUUAAACGACAGAAAAAAAUGAAGUAAAAGAAUACAAUGAAUGAUAAGUAAUAGGAAGAAAUUUUUAAUUGUUAGCGAAACUGCACAGAGUCGCAGAGAGAGUGAGAGAAUAAAUAAUGUCGAUUCGCUCGCGUAAUCGCAAAUUCAGGUAGAGAGCGACGAUUAUUUAAUAGUAAUAAUAAUAGUAAUACAAAAAAAAGUAUAGAUGCAAAACUCAAAACUUUUUCUCAACACCAAUGCCGAAGUUGACGAAGGUCAAACUGUGGAAAAUGGACAUUGAGCGCCUAAAUUAUUAUUUUUCAAUUUGUAUUAGGUAGUAAGAGAAGUGCAUUAUCAACAAUCGUUCGAUUGUAGAUUUAUAAUUAUAACAUUACUGAAUCGCGUGGCUAUCCAUUUGACUGUAAAUAAAUCAAUAUAAAUUAUUCCUCUUGUCGUGUACUUUAUUUUUUUUCCAUUUCAUAGACUGUACUUUUUAAAAUGUUUCUUUUUUCUUUAACGUUAAAAGUAGUCGAAGAUGUUGAGAAUGCAUUUUUUAAACAAACGUACAUACAUGCUCAAGGGAUUUGUCACGAUUUUUCAUAUGACUAACGAAUGUUUCUCAGAAUGUGCGAGUAUUUACAGACUUUUUAAGCGUCUUGUAUGAUAAUCGAAAAAUUAUUCAAAACAGAUCCCUUUUUUUCCUCUUUUGUAUAUUGGUUGUAUCGACUUUCAUAGUUUAUCCUGUAAUUUUUCGUCCAAUAAAAUAAAACAUAUUAAUUUGUAAAUCUACUAAGGUGAAAUUUUUAUUUUUAAUAUUCUCAGACGAAAAACAUCUAAAAUUGAAUGAUGAGUUUUUUCAUCAGCUAUCAUAGAAAAGAUUUUCUACUUUUAAUAUGCAGUAUUCCUACAGGUCUUUUUUUACAUAGUUCAAGGAUCGAAAUAACUAAAUGUUAAUAAUUCAUCGAUGUUUGAAAUAUCUUUAAAAAAAUAUUGCGGGAUAACGACUGUACACAACAUAAGCUAAAACCAAAACGAGUCUUAAGAUUUUAUUUUAUUUUAUAUUUUGAUAGAUGUGACUUUUAAAGUCGACUUUCUAGAACAAAAAAAAAAAAGAUACUUUGUCAAGACUUGCGUGGUUUUGGUUUUGAAUUAUUACAUGUACAAGAAGAAGCCUCCAUGUCUGUAGUCCAAGAUAUUUCUUUGUCGCAAAAUUGAAUAAAAAAAUUAAAUAAAUAAAUGACAUGUCGGUCAAUUUUGAAGUACGAUUGUGUUUUAGAAAGAAUUUAAAAGUGAAAGAGCGAAAACGUCAUAUGUGCGCACACUGGCAUCGUGUAUAAAAUUAAAAAAAAAAGAUGAAAAAAUCAAGAAAACAAAAAUAAUAAAAAGAAAUCACUAGCAAAUUAGGGGGGGAUCUGUUUGAUUCGCGUGCGAGGAUAUUAAAACAUUAACCCUUUAAGUGGACGUGGAUUUGCUCGGUAUAUUAUAUUAAUAUACAUUCAGAGUGUAUCCCUUGCCAUGACCAAUAAAUUAGGAAGAGAGAAAAAAAAAACAAUCGUCAUCUAACUGCAUUUUUACGCACUCCCCAAACAAGAAAUAAGUAAAGACAUAAAACAAAUUUUUAUCCUUGUCAUUUGUAUUAUAGCAACAUGUGUUUAAAAGUCCAUCAUUAUAUGUAUGUAAUCAAAAUUGUAA